AUGGCUGCCAACCAGUGGCAAGAUCUUCCAACAAGGAUCCUUUCUUGGGGCUCGAUGAAAUCCUCUCGAUCGUCCGCGCUCUCCGGCAGCACAAUGUUCUUGAACAAACCGGAGAACGUCAAAGCAAUCCUAUCAAUUAACUUUAAAGAUUACGGCAUUGGCCAUCGCCUUGAAACGUUCAAACCGCUGUUGGGGGCAGGCAUCUUCGACAGCGAUGGCGACCACUGGGCUUCGUCGCGCGCCCUUAUCCGGCCCAACUUUACCCGUGACCAGGUAGCCGACUUGACGUCGUUUGAGCACUUGAUUCAGGACCUCUUCUCAAUACUGCCGCGUGAUGGAGAGACAGUCGUGGACUUGCAGGAUCUCUUUUUCCGCUACGCUAUCGAUUCAGCGACCGAGUUCCUGUUCGGACAGUCGGUCGGUAGUCUGAAGAAGAGCCAGUCGGAGCUCAGCUUUGCCCAGGCGUUUAAUUACGCCCAGGAGGCCAUCAUAACGCGAGCCACACUGGGUCCAUUGAACAUGUUUUACCGCGACCAGAAGGCCGACAAGUGCAAUCGUAUCUGCCGGGAUUUCGCCCAGCAGUUCGUCGAGGAGGCGGUCCACGCAAUCGAAUCCGAAAAGAGCGACACGAUGUGGGACAAGUUGCGCAGAGAAGUAGCAGGCCUACAGGGUCGAGUACCAACUUACAGCGAGCUCCGGGACCUCAAAUAUGUCCAGUGCUGUAUGAAUGAAUCGCUACGUUUACAUCCCGUUGUGCCACGCAAUGAUCGCAUGGCAGAGUUCAAGAUCCUGGAGAGUCGAGACCCCGGACCGUGGGAGGAAUCGCUGACCUUGACCCUAUGCUCCCGGAACGGAACGAAGGUGUGUCUCACUCCGGCUUAA